GUAUGCGUGUUCAGUAAAUCUCUGUCGUGCUGGGCGAUGCUUUGCGACAGACGAAAUAUUCACCUGCACGAACGAUUAGCUGUCGGGGAAUAAAGACACAUAUCUAUGUGACUAUGGAGGUUGGCCAUUUAUAAAUACAUGUCAGACAGGUAUGUUUUUGAUAAGGACGGCUUUCACCUGUGUGCAUGUCUGCCGUGUAACCAAUCGGUCCAGGAAGUUACAGUGCGGUGGUGGGGACUCUCGUUUAGUAUUCCUGUAACAAUUCGGAGUUGUUUAUUGAACACCUAAGUACGGCUAUGAGUACAGUACAGGAGAUGUACACUGGUGAAGUUAUUGGCUGUGACAUUGGCGGUAUUAAACUACAAAUACAUCUUCCUUGCGACGAUGACGACGAUGACGACGAUGACGACGAGUCGGACGAUUUCCCAGAAAAUCAGCCGCUACUACUAAACUGCAAUGGCGGUCCCUCAAAUGGAGCUCCGUCCUCCGGCCACGUGACGGUACAAAGAGGCGGGAACAGGAGAAAAUUAACCAGACGCCAGAUGUCAACUCCGACAAACUUGACGAGCAGUACUGGGAUAAGCAAUGGAAACACAGUUCCGGUUAAGCCCCGUCCGCCGCCCUUCACACGACGCCAAACCUUGCCAUCAAAGUUAUUACACAGCAUAACGGAAACACCAGGUGAUAUAGCACUGAAGGAAACUACCUACGACAUAUCCGAGAACUCUUCUACACAGAUUAACAUUUCAUGGACACCCCCCUUAAACUCGAAUGUAAUACCUAAUCUUGUAUACGAAAUUCAACUCCAGAAGGAAAAUGAUAGUGACUGGAUAAACUUGUCAGAACGCGGGAUACCUAUAGUUAGAGUAUACACAACAGAAACAAGGUUUAUCCUGGACGGUGAACGAAGGAGUUUUUCCGAAGGACAUUGCACGUGGAGAUUAAGGAUAAGAGGUGUCAGUAAGGACCAAGACAUGCGCUCUGAGGGGCCCUGGAGUAAAGUCAUCACAUUAAAUAUAGUUAAUUCUUCAUCCGAAGUUCCGGAUAGUGGAAUUGUGUGAUUCUAAUUAAUGUCGCAUAUAUACCAUCAGAGAGAUUCAGACAAAUCAAUAUGACUUUAUGAACCCAUUAGCUUAAACAAUUCUCAAAAAAAGUAAUUUAAACCAAAAACGAUUGUCCAUAGUUAGUAAAUCAAGGAUGUACUCAUUUAGCCAGAAUUUUCGUCUGAGUGCUAUGGGACCAUAGAUAGUGGGUGUGUUUCAUUCUGUUCGCAAAUGUGUGGCCUGACACGAGAAAAAAUAUUAUUUUAUACUUUUAGUGCAGGGACAGUAUCUUUGUUAGCCAAAACCUUUAGCAGAUGUAGUCGUGUUCAAGCGCGCCCUGCAAUACAAUGGCAACCAAUCAAAUCAUGUCUUACAUUCAGGCUUGGUUUCGCAGUAAACAAAACAGGUGGCGCCCAGUACAGAGCUACCUUGUCGACUAUGUAAUGGCAUUUCACCUAAAAACAGAGACGUACAAUAUUUGGGGAAAAUUUGGAGUGCUAGAUUAAUUGAUAGAAGUUAUGGAUAACAUAUCUCGUCAAAAUGACACCAGUUACCAUGUAUGUUUUUAAACAUCACCGAUGAAGUACAUCUGUAAUGCUCGUUUUGAUUAAUCGAACAUUUUAUGUCUAAAGGCCGGUAACUUGGAAUCUCCGCUGGAGGACCACAUCUACCAUGUCAGGAUAUUGUCAGUCUAAGCAAUACGAGGAAAACGAAAACAGAAAAAUAAGAACGGUGAAAAUCCAAUGUUUCUUAUAGAUGCUUUUGAUUGUUGCAGAAUUAAAAAUAAAAAUGGAAUAAAAUUUAGAAGUAAUUCUCUACGGUACGCACAA